AAUUAGUUAUAGACAGAAAGCGCGGCGAUAGGGUCGUCGUCAUCGAUUCCCAAGGCCGCGCUCUAAUUUUAGCGGUUCGCGGGGGAGGAGCGCCGUGUAUACGUGCACGUAUACACAGCGCGCCGCUUCCGGUUCGUGCCGCGGUGCAACGCGCCGAAUGCACCGAGAUCUCCGCGGCUCCAGUAGCUCCCAGAGCCUCCGAGAUACCGAGUCGCCGCCUCCUCCGCGCCUCGGUUCCUUAUCCGUACGAUUGGCGGGCGGGCAAGUUUCGAAACGCACCGUCGGGACUCGGUGUCGCGAGGUCGGAUAAAGUGUGUGUUUACGAAUAUGUAAUCGAGGGUCAUUCAUAAACGCGGCUGACGCGUGAUUUACAGCCGCGAGAUACACGAUGGCACGUGUGGAUUAACAAGUUAAACAUUGCCCAUAAUUUGGUGUAUUACGUAUUCAACAGCGUAUAGAGAUAGCGAUGUAUUAUUAAUGGAACGUAAAGCAUGUUUCCGUGCAAAGCUCAUCGAUCCGACUCCCCGUGUACAUACGUGCCUAUGAAUAAGCAAAAGAAUUCCCACGAGGAGUAGAUAAAUUGAAGUUGUGACCGGCGGGAAAAGUUUAUCAAGAUCGAAAGGUCGGGUAUAGCCGCGGACCAAGUAACUACUUGUACGAUGAUUAAAUGCCUGGCGCGGCUGGCUGACUGAAAAUAAACGCCGCUGUCAUUACACACGGGACGGAAGUAAAAGAUCGAGCGACAGAUACGUUAGCAUAAAUCCCUUCCGCGUAAAAUCGAGUUCAAGGACUGCGCUCGAGCGAGUAAUCGGAGCGUAACGUUUCCCCGGGGUAAACCAGACAGGGGAACAGCUGGACGGGACGCCACGCGGGGGGAUGAAUCGAUUCAACAAGUGCUCGGGGACGUCGCGGUCCAGUUGGCGGAAAUCGCUCGCGAUACGUGAGGCACGGAAGUUCUCCCUGUUGCGUGAAAUAUGAACAAUCGUGCGAUCGACCGGGAGAUCGCCGGGAGCGAUCGUGGAGCCCACGGCGGUUAUAGCGCGGCUCAUCUUGACCUUAGCCGAUGGACGUGCCCCUUUUCCCGCGACCGCCGGCCAUUGGGGGCGUCGCGACACCCCUCGCAAUCAGUGACGCGCCGAGCGUCGCGACGCUACCACGUGCCCCGGCACCCGUUGCGCCGCGCGUGCGAUAUGCCGUGCCCCUGCGAGCCCCCUCGGCCACCAAGAAGCGGCGUCGCGUCUCCCGGAACUUGGUCCAUCCGCGGGUCAAGACCGCCACCCUCGGCAAGGAUGCUGCGCGCCGUCGCGUCACUGAGCUGAGCGUGAGGAUGACGGAGCGCCGCGCGAAGGACGACGAGGGGGACGACGAUGACGAUGUCGUUUGCGGCAUCGAAAUCACGGACACACCGACCACAAUAUCCCCGGAGAUCUCGCCCCGCUUGAAAAACGGCGUAAUACGGACGAGGAAAUGGACAAAGUCCGUAACUGUCCAGACCAUAGAGGGAUUACCGUUGCGCUUGAGGUUUCUGCCGUCCCUCAGAGACAUCGAGGAGGACAACGGAAAUUCCGCGGGCAAGUCCUCGAGAUUUUGGAAGUAUCUGAGAUUUUUGGGACGACUGUCGUUGUCGCAGCUCGGUCUCCUGUGGCUGCUCGUGAUAUGGACGGUGGCGGGCGCGGCGGCGUUCUGCGCCACGGAAGGACCUCGCGAGCGCGAGCAGGUCGUGUCGCUGAAGAGUAUGCAGAAGGACCUGGCGGUCGGUCUGGCGACGGAGUUGCGACAAUUGCGGACGGAGCAGGAGCAGGAUGUGGAGCCGCUGUGGAGCGACAAGGUUCGCCAGUACGUGGCCAAACACGAGCGAGUCCUCUUGAUCGCCGUCAGCUCCGGCUACGGCGAGGGUGGUAACGGCGGACAGCUGUGGACGUUUCCCGGCUGCGUGUUGUUCGCUAUAUCGCUUAUCACCACUUUAGGCUUCGGCGCGCCGGUUCCGCGCACCACCGCUGGUCGCACGGUCGGAGUGAUUUUUGCAGCCAUCGGCAUUCCCGCGCAUUUCCUACUUAUACUGAAUUUCGGCCUCACGGUGGCGUUUUACCUACAAAACUAUGCGUCCGCCAGACGAAGCGUGCAGCUUAGCAACACAGAAUCCAGCUAUUCCAGACGGAUGCCAAGGUGGAUCAAAAUAAUGUCGUUCGUUGGUACAGUCGCUUACUAUGUUUUGGGGGUGCUGUGCUUUGGCAUAGCACGAUCGAGACCGAUCGCAGAUAGUCUACUGUUUCCGUUGGACUUCACUGCGGCAGGCGGCCUCUCUACCACUGCCGGCCACGUGCGGAUCCUGUACGGCUUGUACCUGGAAGGUGCUGUCACUAUCGCGGCGAUAGUGGUAGCUAUAUUGCGAGUAUCAGCGACGCAAAGCCUUACAAACGUUGGAUUGAAGUACGGCCUACUGACUGAAGCUUAAUCCGUUUAACAUUUUUUCAGUUUCUCGUAUGUGCAUACACAAUUCGUCAAUAUUCUGUCAUCAUGUUAUCACGAUCUACCAAACUCAGUAUUUGUAAACCAAGUUGACGAAUAAUUACAAGCUAUCCUUGACCUCUGGAUUAUCUGUAAUUACACAAUUACAAAAAAAAAAUACAGAUCACGCAGAUAUGAACGUUUUCAAUGAUACACACUUUAUUUCGCAAGCUAAAACGCGCGAUAGCUACGUAGCCAAACGAGAUAGGCAAUAUCUUCGUGUAGCCAAACGUUUUUUUAUAUGAUUCAUGUAGAUGAAACGUCUGCUCUCGAGAAGAAAAAUAAAGAAUCCACAAAAAAGAAUAACUGCACUUCUAGGUAUACGCAAAGG